AUGCAUCGCUUGAUUUUCUUCGUUUUGCUCUCGAAUAUUCAUCUUCGAUCAUGUUCGGAUACAACUGAUGUGAUCCCUCCAUUGCCUGUCGUUGAACAUGAUUUCCAUUAUCAAGAUGACACUUCGUUGAUAUCGACAACAAAUACAAUUGUCGAAGAUCUUGUUAAUGCUGUUACAGAUCCAAUUGUUACGGAGGCAACGACUAAAACGGUCAUAGAUGAAACACUAGCAAAAGAAUUUGUUACCAAAUACCCAUUAAACGUCAAUCUAUCAUCACCAUCGACAUCUCAUCUAACAUUUCGCACGUAUUUUAAUGAUUCAAUUCUUCUUGUUUUCGAAGAACGUGAAAUCGUUUUGUUCAACAAACACGAUGGAACUAUAAACAAUCAUUUUAAAUACGCAACGAUUAUUCCAAUUGAUCAACCGAACACACUCGUCAUCUAUGAUGAUAAUACUCAAGAACUUUUCGUGUUAAAUUCUACUCAUCAAUCACAAAAGUCAAGUAUCUCAUUUAAACCCAAACAAAUCUUCACAUUUUCAUCAAACACCAACCGAUGGUUCGCGGAAACAUCUGAUCAAACUGCACUAUAUAUCACCAUGAAUUUCGGUGUUACUUGGGAUCAACUCGAAGAUACCAGCAGUUCAACAAUACUUGGUUGGUCGAAUAAAACCAAUUCGAUAAUUAUUCUCCAACAUUUUCGUUACUUGAAAUCAAUCGAUGUGACAACAUUCAAAACACAAGUUGUUUUAAAUGACGCUUUACGCACAAAACUCUUCUCGCGAUACUUAAUUACAAAGCGAUUGAAUAUGAACGAACCGAUUAGCAUUAGCCAUCGAGACAACUUAGCUGAUGAUGGUUUUCGUGCUUUGCCCAUCCGAUUUCAAUCGCAAGGAAACUUUUAUUGUGCUAUCGAAGAUGUUUAUACUCAAGAUUUAUUGCUGCUAUUUACUACCGAUAAUAAAUCUGGUGAAGCUAAUGAAACAAUAAUAACAACAACAACAUGUAAUCUCGUUGGAUAUUCGAAAGGAAAUUUCUUUAAUCUUUCAAAUAUCGCCUGUGGAUUGAUCAUUAACGAAAGUUCAACAAAUUCAAUCGAAUGUUCUUCAACGCAAAUACCAUUGUAUCAGAUACGUGGUUUAACCAGAAAUGUCUUUCUAGCGAAUGUUGCAUCCGAACAAAGUACACUGGUCUCAUUUGAUGGUGGAGUCAACUGGAAUAAAACAUACUAUCAAUGUGAUCAAACGAUCAAUUGUUCGACAAAUGUAUCUAUCAAUCUCAAUUCCUUAGUCUCUUCAAACGAGGCACCGGGAAUUCUCGUUGGUAAAGCCACAAAUGGUAUAGAUGAAUAUGUUGCAGUAUCAUCCGAUGGUGGAAAAGAAUGGCGACUAAGUUCCAAAGGUCAUGGAUAUCUCACAGCCAUAUCAAAUCCAAAUGUUCUCAUCGCGACUGUAUCGAAUGAAAGCCAACAUUCUUUUCAGUAUUCAACUGAUAUUGGUUACAAUUGGCAUGGAAAAACAUUCUUGAAUGAAACAGAUUUUCAAAUUUUAUCACUACUUGCUGAUUCUAACAAUAUUUUCUAUGUUCUUAUAUCGAAUAAUACAAAUUCUUUCAAUAUACUUCAAUUUAAUCUUAACAAUCUCAUUCUUGAACGAUGUGUACGACAUCAGUUGAAAGAAUGGUCUUUACAAGGUAUUUGUAUCAACGGUACGAAAUCUUAUUACAAACGACGUAUCGCGGGUUCACAUUGUCUUAGCAACACAACGGAUGUUCGAACAGAACGGUGCCAAUGCUCUCUAUCCGAUUUUCAAUGUUUACCUGGUUAUCAACGAUCAAUCGAUGGGUUUUGUUUGCCCAAAUCUCAUUCGAUUGCUUUACAAGACUGUUCUUGCCACGGGAAUAACACAUUAGUAACAAAAAGUCGUGGAUACGUCAAAUCAGUUGAUAAUCAAUGUCGACAUGGAGUCGAAAAUCACCUGACGGACGCUUUGGUCACACGACGCGAUCCGAAUAGUCGAAAUUUUUUCAUCUAUGGAUUGAACUCGCAAACAAAACGUAUCAGUGCUGAAAUUCAUUCGAACGAUUUCGAUCAAGAUGAGGAUGAUGAAGACGACGGACCGCGAAACCCAAUUUGGUCAACUGAACCAGAACUUGAAAUAACCGCGUUGGUUGCCGAUGAUGCUAAUAAAUUUGUCUACAUGGCUGUUCAAAAUGACGAUUUAACCACGGUAUAUCGAACCGAUCAAAAUCUUCGUCAGACUAAUCGUUGGAGAAAUCAAUUGAACUUUAAUUCAAGCCAAAAACUGUAUGAAAAAGCCAAUCAGCGCAUUGAGUAUUUAACUCUCGAUGGUUCAGCGCAAAAUUUAUAUGCUCUUGUCCGAGAUCAGAUCACUCGUCAGCAAAAGAUCUUCAUUUUGAAUACUCGCACGCAUAAACGACGUACCAUUGGAACUUUCAAGGUCAAACAAAAAAAACAAUUUCAACUGUUUUCAAGUAAUUCCAAUGUUAGCUACAUGUCCUACGAUGUGAUAACACAAGAAAUUCUUUUCAUUGUCAAUUCAACGGUCUAUGGAUUGAACACAUUAGAUCAUCGUCGUUUGAAACCGAGAGUUAUCUAUGAACACUCAUCGACUAUUCACAAUGCAUUGUUCGUAUAUCCGAUUGUUUAUUUUACUGAUGACGAUCAAAAUAAUUCGGAAGCAUCAGUGAUCGAUUUACACGCAAUUGAUAUUCUGGCGAAAAGUUAUGCGAAAAACGUAACAAAACUGAGAAAUUUCAAUUCAUUGAAAUUGUUUAUUGAUAUGACUUCUAACGCAGUAAAAAGUUCAGCACCGACAAUCAAUCGUUGUGCAAGUCAUCCAUGUUCUGAUAUAUGUAUUCCGUUAGAAAAUGAAGGUUUUCGCUGUUUAUGCAAUGAUGAUGCACAAUAUCAAACAUGCUCCUGUCCAAUUGGUGAACAAUUUAUUACUGGUGCAUGUCAAGCAGUAAAUGAUCAAUGUGCACCUGGUCGUGUUCUUUGUCAAAAUCGAAUCAAUUGUGCUGAAUCAGGUCUUCUUUGCGAACAAGAUCAUACUCAAUAUACUGAAUCUUUCAAAAACAUGGCGCGAUGUACACUGGAAAACGAAAAUGACGGUUUUGAUUGUUAUUAUGAAGAUGGUAAUACUUCAAACAGGACAUGUAUUCCAUUUGAAUGGCUCUGUGAUGGUAAUCGUGAUUGUCCGUUGGGCAAUGAUGAAGAACAUUGCCAUAAAAUGACAACAACAACUGAAUCGAUUGCAUAUGCUUCCGGUCGAUGUUUAACAGAACAAAAGUUUACACAUGUAAUGUGUCGCAAUGAAUGCUUGAAAAUUAAUGAUCUAUGUGGAAAUGUGUCGAAUACCUUGUACUGCGCCGACACAUUUCAUUUGCAUUGUCAAAAAACACAUGAAGCAAAUGAAUAUGCUUGUAAAUGUCCGAAUCAAGAUCAUUGUAUUGCCAUGACAGAACAGUGUGAUACUUUCGAACAUUGUGAUAAAGUUUGUCAAAAUGCAAUCUAUGAAGCUUCUUCGAAAACUAAGAGAAUCUUUGAACCAGUAUCGAUGACUUGGAUGAUCCUUGUGACAAGCAUUCUCCUUGUUCUCUUUGUUGCAAUACUCAUAAUGACAUUACGUUACAGACGUCAACGAAGAAAUGUCAAACAGAACCCCGUUUCUUCACGUACUCCAGCUGACGAUCCACCAGCAGAUACGACAUCGUCAAGUGAUACUCGUCAAAGACUUCUCAACAAUGCUGCCAAUGGAACAAGUUAA